CGAUCCAACAGUUCACGCCUUGCAAUACCUGGAUACAAUAAUGAUGAAGGAUCCAACGCAGAAAAACCACUUCUAUCGCAAUACUCUCAAAGAUGCUCUUCCUUACAUUCCUAAGAAAUUAUGGUAUCAACAUGUAUGGCCCUCACUUCAACAAGAAAUGCGAUCUCAAGAGGUACUAGCUUCGGUACUUCAGCCAGUGCUGUUCUUAGUGCAAGAAUCCACCGUGGAAGAAUACGAAUCCAUCAUUUUACCGUCACUUAGGACUGUAUUUCAAGCACCUAAAACCGUACAAGCUGCGGUAACUAUUCUGGAAAAUCUCCAUAUUAUUCUGGAGAAAACGUCAAGAGAAGAUAUCAAGACGGAGGUGCUGCCCAUGUUGUACAAUGCGUUAGAUGGUACUACAAUACAAGUACAGAAUGCAGCCUUGGUCGCAGUAACCAACGUCUCCGAAUAUCUGGACGAGACCUCCAUCAAAAGAAUAGUUCUACCCAAGACUAAAGUCAUUUACGAAAAGAACCAGAAUGAUUUAAAGCUGGUGUCGAACGUGUUGUCUUGCAUCGAACGCAGUCUGGAUAGGCUGGACAAAUCCCAGAUUAUCGACGAGGUGAUGCCCCUGCUCUACGAGAUACGUUUAAACGACCCCAUGAUCACUUUAAGGGUUGUCCAUAUCUACCGGCUGAUGCUCAGCGACAAGAAAUACGGCCUCAGCGUCAACCUGAUGGCCACCAAGGUAAUGCCGUCGUUGCUGCCUCAGACCGUCAACCCGUCCCUCAACCUGGAGCAGUUCACCGUGCUGAUCGAAGUCUUGCAAGACAUGUUGGACCAGAUCGACCGCAACCAGCGCAACAAGCUCAAACUGGACAACCUAUCGCUGCCCAGUCCGGAGCGACACAGGCCGUUGCGACACCAGUAUAGUUCGGAUAACAUGCACGUGCCGCCAUUUAAUAUUCCUAAUUUGAGAAUAGAACAGAGGAAGACCUCCAGCGCUGAGGAUAUGCAAAGGAAGAAUUCAACGGGUGGCAUCCUUGGGGGCUGGUGGUUCGGCGGCUCCCCCUCCUCCCCCGACAGCAACUUCCUGCGCGUGGCCAAUGCCUUCCCCAACCGCAGACUAUCCGACAACACCCUGAUGACGCCCAAGAUCCGCAUCGCGCCUUCGUGCGCCUCCAGCCCGGGGGGCACGCCAGGCGGCGGAGGGCUGCCCAUUCGACGACAUUCCAGCAUCGGUCCGCAGGAGAGGAGAGGGUCCACGGUUAAUCUCUCCCCGCCGACGGGCGGAUUCGGAUACUGCUCGGUGUCCCGAGAGGGCUCGAGCCUUUCGGUGCCUUCAACGUCUUAUCUUGCACGGAGCAUGAUAGGCGGUUCAAUGCCAAACACCAGCAGCAGUGUUCCCUUCCUCCUGAGCAGCAGCAUGCAGUCGAUCCGGUCGCGGCGUCCCUCGGCCGCCCUGGGCGGCGGCUCGCAGGGCGGCAGCAGCGGCCUGCUGCAGCAGCUCGGAUCCGGCAUGUUGAGAAAACACCCAAUGAGAAUGUAUACAGGGUCAUUAGGAGAUCGCUUCCACGGGAUUAAUAACUUAGCUUAUUUCUAAUUAUACACUAUAUUUUUCUAAAUAAAAAAAAAUCUUAAGAACAGAGUUAAGGCAGAUAAUAUAUUUAUUAGGAGUAAUAAAAUAGUGAUAAAUAUACUGCAAAAAUGAUUCAUUUAUCUAAACAGGCAAAGAAAAUAUUACAACAAAUCAAAAGGUAGUGUACAAAGUAAAUUAACACGUUUUGUUUAUUUGUUAGUUGACAUAAAUAUAUAUUUAUAAAUAAAAUGACUACAAAAUUACAACCCAUUUUUCUAGAAGUGUGUUUACAUUAAAAUGUAUCAAAAAGACGAAAAUCUCGUAGAUGGUGGAUCAGACAGUGGAUAUUGCUCAGAAGUAAAUGGGUGCAAGUGAAACUAUAUUGACAGCAUUGGUUUUGGAAUAAAAAAUUUUGUCCAAAAAAUAAAAAAAAAUUGGGGUGGACCAUCCUUAUCAUUUAGGGGUAUAAAAAAUAGAUAACAACUUAUUCUCAGACCUACUGAAUACAGGGUGUCAUUGAAGUGGUGUAAAAAAUGAUAGUACUCCAAAAAAUAGUAUUAAAAAGUUCCUAUAAGUAUAGGGCGGAAAACGCAUA